AUGUCCAACAACAUGGCCAAGAUCGCCGAGGCCCGCAAGGCGGUGGAGCAGCUGAAGCUGGAAGUGAACAUCGACCGCAUGAAGGUGUCGCAGGCGGCGGCCGAGCUCCUGGCCUUCUGCGAGACGCACGCCAAGGACGACCCGAUGGUGACGCCGGUCCCCGCCGCCGAGAACCCCUUCCGCGACAAGCGCCUCUUCUGCGUCCUGCUCUGA